AUGCCAAUAGCAAAAACAAUUCAAAAUGUUCACGCAUUUAUAACGAUUGGCCUUCGUCCACUGAUACCACUUGGAAUAUUGAUAGCGUAUACGUUAAUUGGCGCAUUUAUGUUUAUGUACGUGGAAGGGCCAAAUGAACGUCGAGACAUUGAAUUACAUCAACGUGAACAGCGUGAAAUAUAUGAAGAUGUGGCAUAUCGAAUACACAAUUUAAAAGGAUUAAGUGCAAUGCGAGCAUAUAAUCAAACAAUUCGAGUGUUGAAGAAAUUAGGAAAAAAAUUAGGAAUGAAAUAUCCCACAAUGGAAGAUGCUAAAUGGACAUUCUGGGGAUCAAUCUUUUAUUCACUUACUGUUUAUACAACUAUUGGUUACGGAAAUAUUUAUCCGGUAACGACACUUGGACGUAUGUUAACGUUAAUUUACGCAUUCGUUGGUAUACCGCUAACAUUAUUAUCACUAAUCGCAUUAGGUGGCUUAUUUGCACGAGUUUGCAAAAUGUUAUGGCUUAUCGUAGCUAAAACAUUAGCUCGAUCAUCGCGUUUUGUCUCGAAAGAUCUCGAGAAACAUAUCGAAGAGAAAAUGACAUUAUCAGAAAUUGUUUUGGAUGAAAAUGAAGAAUUGCUGAAUUUCCCGGUGGGCGGUUUAAUUAUAAUAACAAUUGUUUGGGCAUUCAUUUGCGCUGGUUUAUUUCUCAUUUUCGAAAAUGAUUGGUCUUAUGGUACGUCACUUUAUUUCACAUUAAUAUCAUUUACAACUAUUGGAUUUGGUGACAUUUUACCAAGUCAACCAGAUUACAUUGCUCAUAUUGCUAUAUGUUUACUAAUUGGCCUUGCAUUAGUGUCAACUGUCAUCAAUGUCAUCCAACAACAAAUUGAAGCAUUAGCUAUUGGAAUGGAUAAAAAUAUCGACAAUGAAUAUAAAAAUGCAUUGGAAAAACUUGAAUGCAAUGAUGAACAAUUCGAAUAUCACGUUGAUAAUGAUGAUAUUGAUAAUGAUAAUGAUAAUAAUGAUAGCAAAAAUGAUAUUACCAGUCAGGAGCUACUAAAAGAGGAUGAACCAUUGAUAAGUUUUGACAAUAUCUUAUCAAAAAUGCCACUGAGGAAUCACAUUUUAUAUAAGGUUAUGCCAGAAUUAGGUAAAAAACAAAUUAUCAAAAAAAUUGAAUCACGUGGACAGCAACGAGUGAAAUCAACGCAAACCGAUACGUCACUUCUUGAAUCUUUGACGAGAUGUCGAAAAUUUUGA